AUGGAAGCUGCAGAGGUGGAAAUCCCUUCGUAUUUCUUGUGCCCGAUAUCGAUACAACUGAUGAAAGACCCUGUGACGAUCUGCACUGGUGUGACAUACGACCGGCAGAGCAUUGAGAAGUGGAUGUUUACGCUGGGGAACAACACCUGCCCUCUCACAAGGCAACACGUUCACAGCACCGAUCUCACACCGAAUCACACGUUGUUGCGGCUCAUCCAACAGUGGUGCGACCUCAAUUCUUCAAAGGGCGUCGACCGGAUCUCCACGCCCCCGCCGCCACUCGACGCAGAUCAACUUCAUAAGUUGCUCCGAGACAUCGAAUCGUCCCCGGCUCCGGCAUUUCAAGCGAAGGCGUUGAAGAAACUCAGGUCUGUAGCCGGAGAGAGCGAGGGCAACAGACAGCUUAUCGCUUUGUCUGACGCACCGGCUGCCUUAGUCUUUCUGAUUGAAAACCAUAGUGCUGAAACGGACGAGGCCGGUUGCUGCUAUGAAAUUGCCGCUGCCUGCGAGGAAGCGUUGGGGAUCCUUUAUUCUCUUCCUUUGCGGGACAAGACGUUGGAUUCAAUCACCACCGCCGGUUGCCUGCCCUCUGUCGCCUACGUUCUCAAGAGAGGCACUUCAAACGCCCGGUUUCAUGCCGCCAUGCUCUUACAGUCGGUCUCAACAAAAGUUCUUGAGCGAUUUGUUAUGAACGCCAACGAGGAAAUAAUAGAAGGACUUUUGGAGAUGUUGACAGAGGAAGUGUGCCACCAGGCAACCAUGGCCGCCCUCAACGUGUUGACCGCAAUGAGCAACAGCAGCAGGCGCAGCAGAAAGAAAGCAAUCGAAGCGGGUGCCGUCUCUGCGUUGAUCGAAUUGCUUCCGGAUCAGACUGUGGAAAAAAAAAACAUCUGCGAGAGAAUGUUAUGUCUUCUCGAUGUUUUGUGUGGAUGUGCAGAAGGAAGGGCUGCCAUGGCUGACCAUGCCAUGGGUAUCGCUGCGGUCUCUAAGAAAAUAAUUAGAGUCUCCCCCUUGGCAACAGAAAAGGCUGUUCGGAUCGUGUGGUCGCUUUGUAAAUGUUCUCCGUCUAAGCAAAUAAUUAAUGAAGUGGUGCAGAUCGGUGCAGUGGCAAAGCUGUGCAUGCUAAUGCACAGCGAGUGUACGCCCAAGACAAAGAGUAAGGCGAAAGAGAUGCUCAGAGUGCACGAUAAGUUCUGGAGGAACUCCUCUUGUGUUCCCUCCAUCAUUUAUCCGAAAUCUGUGCUGUAA